AUGUCGAGCUCUCAGGUGGCCUCGUUAUGGACGGAAGCUAUCAAACAAUAUGAAACGAUUGCAAAGCAAAAACUGGAAGAUUCCACUGUUCUACGGGUGACUACAGUCGAGGAUUUGCUGAAAGUAAUCGACGACGAAAAUAGUCAAUUCAACGGUUUCCGUGACCGGGGACAUCGCGUUCGAGAUGUUGUCAAGCAUGCCAUGAUCCCGAUUGAACUGCUAGGAAAUGUAGUGGGCGGCUGUGUCUCUAUGGCUUAUCCACCUAGUGCCUAUGUGUUCAGUGGAGUGAAAUUAUUGCUCGGAGCUGCCAAGGGCGUCUCAGACAAAUAUGAUGCUAUUAUAGAAACGAUGUCAACAUUGAAAGAUUUUACCGUUCGACUCCAAGUAUACUCGGAGCAGACUAUUUCCGAGUACUUGAGCGACAAACUGACGCAGAUCUUGACCGCGCUUUUGGAGGUACUCGCCUUUGCCCGAAAAGAGGUAAAGCACGGGAGAAUGGUUAGCUAUGGCAAAAGCCUGCUCUCUGGCAGUGACGGUGGGAAAGAGGCAAUGGCCAAAUUUGCCAGGCUUGUCGAGGCGGAAAAUGCGUUGGUUGGGGCCGAGACACUGACAGAAGUGAAAGGAGGGUUUGCGCGCGUGAAUUCCGAUAUGAAGAAACUCGUUCGACAAUUAGAAGAAACGAAGCUGCAGACUGAGAUGUCCAGCAAGGAAAGGAUAACCGCGAACCUACGGCGUCUACUACGGCCUUCCAGGACCUCCGAAGAUCGAUACACAACAAUGCAUCGUAACCGCGUACCGCAAACUGGAGACUGGAUACUGGACGAAACGGAGUUUAGCAAUUGGAUCACUGGAAAGAAGCCAGUCCUAUGGAUCUCCGGAAACCCAGGGGCUGGAAAGUCAUACAUCGCUACCAAUUUGAUUUACCACCUUAUGCAGAAGCCAGACGUUUCACUGGGGUUCUUCUUUUUCAAGGACGAUAACACCACAACCCGGUCCACACAUCAAGCUCUCCGUGAUAUCGCAUUUCAAAUUGCAGAAUACAAUUCUACCUAUGCUAAUCAUAUCAUUGAUUGUUUAGAUCGUGCCGAGGAUAUCCGCACGCUUGAGAGUUUAUGGAGGAAUCUGUUUCUAAAUUUUUUCAUCGAUAACGAGCGCAACGAAAUCGACGAGAAGAAAUCUUCACAAGGUCCAGUUUAUCUAGUUCUUGAUGCACUCGACGAAGCAUUCAUCGAUGAUCGACUCAAGCUAUUUGAAUUGGCGAAGGAUAUCCGGCUCGGUGGUCGCAUCCAGCUCCUGAUGCUGGGCAGACCACAAAUUGCCGAGGAAAUGGAUGAUUUGAUGGAAACCCUUCACAUUGAGACCAUCGACGUUUCCGAAGGGAAUAAUCGCGAGGACAUCAUGCAUUACAUCAGGACUAUCAUUGCGAAGUCCAUCUACUUGCGGAAGCUCCCGGCUCCUACCAAGCGAACAAUUAUCGAAACACUGUCUAGUCGCUCCCAAGGGAUGUUUCUCUGGGUUGGGCUAAUGUUAGAGGGUUUAUCAAAAAUCAGAAACACCAGCCAAAUCCAAAAAACGCUCGACGAGGCACCAAAAGGCCUAACAAAGAUGAUCUCCCAUGUCCUAAGGGGCUUUUCAGAAAGUUGCACAGAUAACCCACAAUAUGCCGCCGAGUUGAAUGAGCUACUGGCAUGGAUAACGUGCGCUCCGAGUCCUCUGUCUCUGUUUCAGAUUGACGCUUUGCUGAAAUGGAGGUCCCCCGAAGGAGAGGGUUGGAUAUGGCCAGAGGGCUCUCUUCGGGUACAAUUUGCCUCUAUUUUUCUUCUGACCCGUGACGAUGGCCUUUCCACUACAGAUCUCAAACGAAGAAAUAAUUUAAUGGGUUACGGCGAUUUCGAAGAACCAUCCGAGUGCGACUUGGAGAAGGAUGAAGAACCCUCGAAUGGUGAUUUCGAUUCUGAUCCCAAGACCACGACAGUCUCUUUCAGUCACGCAUCCCUCGGAGAGUUUUUCAGAAGCCAGGAAGACAAAGUCUCGGCUGGACCAAAUUCUCCGUAUAUUGGAGUCAAUUAUCAUGAGGCUCAGGCAUUGGUGUUGAGUAGAUGCUUUGAAAUUAUCCAGAACAAGGAGUCGUCAAGAGAGGAGCUCGCAUCUGCGCUAAGACCAUAUGCCUGUAGAUCUCUUGUUGAAUUCCUCACCGCUGUUGAUAUGAGCCAGAUUACUAAAGACAACAAAAAGACCAUUGGCCUUCAGUUGGCUAAGCUGCUGUCUAAUGAGUCAGGGCUCAAAGCAUUUGUUUCGCCGGAUCAUCUCGAGUUCUUCACCCGUAAUGCUCUGAGGAUUUCGAAUAAAUGGCUUGGCGACCCUGAUGUUCAAGAGGCUCUUCCCGACGAGAUUAAGAUUUGGUAUAGCAAUGCCAUGGCUGAAAGCCCAGCCGAAGUCCUACGCCCAAUCGUGUGCUAUAUAGCUUCUCAUUGGACUCGAAAUACUUUAUGGGACCCAAUCAAGUGUCUAAGGAUCUUUGCGAUGUUCAACGAGCUUUGGGACUCUGGCAUUUCUAACUUUGGAUCACUAGAGGAUAUCCUGCAGAUCGCAGACUGGGGUCAACCUGAGCAUGAUGCUCACUGGUAUGGUAGAGUCGGGCAAGCAUUGAGGAUAUUACAUUUCGAUGAGUAUAUUGAAUAUCUGCAAAAGGCUUUGGAAAUGGACCCGGAAUUGUGGGAGUUCCGUUCUUAUAUGGCUUCCAUGUACCGUGACCAGAGCAAGUUUACCGAAGCUCUUGGGAUUUACCAAACCAACAUCAUUCUGCUUAAUGAAAAGGAGCAGUCUUACGAAAUUUCGAAAAUACUUCACCAUGAGUACGAAAGUGUCUCAUUUUGUUACUCGGAUCUCGGAAAUAAGGAAAAAGCCUUUUCUGUGCUUCAAACCGCCUAUGAUUCUUACAACGGCCAUUGUGCGACAUGUGCUCGAUUAAUCCUGGAUUACUACCAUAACGCUGGCGACGGUGAUCUGAUAUUGGACUUUUUCCAAAUGAUGAAAGAGAAAUCCCCUAGUGAGGACUUGAACCACCUGACCGAAUUUCUGCUCGAACAACCAGAUAUGCAAGCCAUGACGAUUCAAUUUGGCCCCAAGAUCAUCCGGAGGGGAUGUUUUACAUUAUUCAAAGAAGCUUUCACAGCUGCCAUCAUCACCGCUCGCCAACAGAAGAAGGCCAUACUAGCUGCUGAGUUGGAAUUGAGCCUUUCUUUCUUGCUCCAGUGCCUUAGCGUUGACCCUGAAGGGGGAGCUCGCAUUUGUGAACGCAUAUUGGAGACCUACAAACCAAGUCAAGCGAAAGGUAACCUAUAUCAUGUUAUCCGUACCGCAUCAAACUCCCUGUGCUCUUACUACUUCCAACAAUGCUGCCGAGUUGAUCGCUCUGAGGCAGAGCGUCUGAGAUAUGGCCAACUGCUCGAACGGCUUGUUAUGGGGCGUCCCCUCCACUUAAACAGGAAGGAAAGAAACCCCGAAGAUGUCACACAGGAUGCAUACUUACCACAGCUCGCAUCUCGCCUCACACUCGGUAUUUACUACAAAAGGUGCGGACGUGAUGAUGAUGCCCAGAAAUUUUUCAAAUCACUUUUACAACGCGCCAUUCGUCCACUUAGUUGGAGUGAUGGCUUUGGCAACCGGGCCGGCUUCCUUCACUUGGUUGCGAUAUUUGCCGCCAUGCGAGACUACGACAACUGGUUGUCGCUUUGGUACCAAAUAGAUUUCCUCAAUGAUAAGAUUGGCGAUAUGGAUGCCCAGCCUUUCUGUGAUGGGUGUGGACGUCUUUGCACCAUCGACGGACUAGUCCACUGUUGGCGUUGUGACAUGGAGUUUAUCAUAGUCUUUUGUGUGGAAUGCUUUCCACGUCUGAAAGACGGUUCGCUGUCUGUUGGCAUAUGCGACCGGACUCACGAGUUCAUGACUAUUCCUCCGCGACCUCAGUGUGUCAAGGAGCGCAGUGCAGAGCAUCAAGACAUGAUGUAUGUCAAUGGGGACUGGAUGGAAUACAGUGAUUGGGAGAGUACCUUGAAGGAGAAAUAUGGGUUGGAAGAAGAAUAG